AUGGUUCACACAGGAACAAGGACUACCAGCUUCAGAAUAAAUCCACCUUCCAGGCCACAAGUCCUGAAGUGCCCAGCCCAGGAGCCCACCUUCAUGGCCACCCCAUUGGCACCUGGCAGUGGGGACAGCGCCCCAAUCAACCUCUCCAAGCUGGACCAGCUCCCACUGGGCAGCCCCACGAAAGCCGGGGCUCAGGCUGCAGCCUGGGUCCCCUUCCCCACAGUUGAUGUUCCGGCACAUGCUCACUACGCUCUGGGCACAGUGAUCCUGCUGGUGGGGCUCACUGGGAUGCUGGGCAACCUGACAGUCAUCUACACCUUCUGCAGGAGCAGAGGCCUGAGGACCCCGGCCAACAUGUUCAUUAUCAACCUCGCGGUCAGCGACUUCCUCAUGUCCUUCACCCAAGCCCCCGUCUUCUUCACCAGCAGCCUCUACAAGCGGUGGCUCUUUGGAGAGGCAGGCUGCGAGUUCUACGCCUUCUGCGGAGCUCUCUUUGGCAUCACUUCCAUGAUCACCCUGACGGCCAUCACCCUAGACCGCUAUCUGGUUAUCACACGCCCACUGGCCACCAUCGGGAUGGCAUCCAAGAGGCAGACAGCGCUUGUUCUGCUGGGUGUCUGGCUCUAUGCCCUGGCCUGGAGUCUGCCGCCCUUCUUUGGCUGGAGCGCCUAUGUGCCCGAGGGGCUGCUGACCUCCUGCUCCUGGGACUACAUGACCUUCACGCCCUCCGUGCGUGCCUACACCAUGCUGCUUUUCUGCUUUGUGUUCUUCCUGCCACUGCUCAUCAUAAUUUACUGUUACAUCUUCAUCUUCAAGGCUAUCCGGGAGACAGGCCGGGCCUUUGAGAGCUGUGGGAAGUCCCCAAGGCAGCGGCGGCAGUGGCAGCGGUUGCGCAAUGAGUGGAAGAUGGCCAAGAUUGCGCUGCUGGUCAUCCUCCUCUUCGUCCUUUCCUGGGCACCCUACUCUACUGUGGCCCUGGUGGCCUUUGCUGGGUAUGCACAUGUCCUGACACCCUACAUGAACUCAGUGCCAGCUGUCAUUGCCAAGGCCUCUGCCAUUCACAACCCCAUCAUUUAUGCCAUCACCCACCCCAAGUACAGGGUGGCCAUUGCACAGCACCUGCCGUGCCUGGGGGUGCUGCUGGGUGUGUCAGGCCAGAGAAGCCGCCCUUCCCUCAGUUACCGAUCCACACACCGCUCCACACUGAGCAGUCUCCAGGCCUCCGACCUCAGCUGGAUCUCAGGACACAGGCGCCAGGAGUCCCUGGGCUCCGAGAGUGAGAUGGGCUGGACUGACACUGAGGCAUGGGGGACAGCCCAGCAAGCCAGUGGACUGUCCCCUUGUGAUCUGGGCCUGGAGGAUGGAGAAGCCAGGGCACCUCCCAGGGUCCAGGUAUGGGAAGCUGAGACUCCAAGAAAGACCAAGGGACAGCUCCCAAGCCUGGACCCACAGAUGUAG